CCAGGAUUCCCCAGAACAGUCCCUGGCCCUCAGGCCCUGGGGCUCAGGACUGAGCUGCUGCAGGCCCUACUGGACCUCCGCAGACCAAGUGCCCCCCACCUGUUCUGCAUCUGGCCAGUGCAGGCCUCUACAAUGUUGCCACCUCUGCGUCCCCUCCUUCUGGCCCUGGGCCUGGGCCUGGCUGGAACUCUCAACCCCAAUGAUCCCAACGCCUGCAGCUUCUGGGAAAGCUUCACUAUCACCACUAAGGAGUCCCACUCCCGCCCCUUCAGCCUGUUCCCCUCGGAGCCCUGUGAACGGCCCUGGGAGGGCCCCCAUACCUGUCCCCAGCCCACGGUUGUCUACCGGACUGUGUACCGGCAGGUGGUGAAGACGGACCACCGCCGGCGCCUGCAAUGCUGCCGGGGCUUCUAUGAGAGCAGUGGGGCCUGUGUCCCCCUCUGUGCCCAGGAAUGUGUCCAUGGCCGCUGUGUGGCGCCCAAUCAAUGCCAGUGUGCACCAGGCUGGCGGGGUGAUGACUGUUCCAGUGAGUGUGCCCCAGGAGUGUGGGGACCACAGUGUGACAAGCCUUGCAACUGUGGCAACAACAGCUCCUGUGACCCCAAGAGUGGGGUCUGUUCUUGCCCUUCUGGCCUGCAGCCCCCAAGCUGCCUGCAGCCUUGCACCCCUGGCCACUAUGGCCCUGCUUGCCAGUACAGCUGCCAGUGCCAUGGGGCACCCUGCGAUCCCCAGACUGGAGCCUGCUUCUGCCCCGCAGAGAGAACUGGGCCCAGCUGUGAUGUGCCCUGUCCCCAGGACACUGCUGGCUUCUGCCCCAGCACCGAUCCUUGCCAAAACGGAGGUGUCUUCCAGGCCCCCAAGGGCCCCUGCAGCUGCCCCCCUGGCUGGAUGGGCGCCAUCUGCUCCCUGCCCUGCCCCGAGGGCUUCCACGGACCCAACUGCUCCCAGGAAUGUCGCUGCCAUAACGGCGGCCUCUGCGACCGAUUCACCGGGCAGUGCCGCUGCACUCCGGGCUACACCGGGGAUCGGUGCCGUGAGGAGUGCCCUGCUGGCCGCUUCGGACAGGACUGCGCGGAGACUUGCGACUGCGCCCCCGGCGCCCGCUGCUUCCCGGCUAACGGCGCGUGUCUCUGCGAACACGGCUUCACUGGGGACCGCUGCGCAGAGCGCCUCUGCCCCGAUGGCCUCUACGGCCUGGGCUGCCAGGAGUCCUGCACCUGUGACCCGGAGCACAGCCUCAGCUGCCACCCGAUGAGCGGGGAGUGCUCGUGCCUACCAGGCUGGGCAGGCCUCCACUGCAAUGAGAGCUGCCCGCAGGACACGCACGGCCCGGGCUGCCAGGAGCAUUGUCUCUGCCUGCACGGCGGCACCUGCCAGGCCGCCAGUGGCCACUGCCAGUGCGCGCCAGGCUACACGGGCCCUCACUGCGCUAGCCUCUGUCCCCCGGACACUUUCGGUGUCAACUGUUCCACACGGUGUUCGUGCGAAAAUGCCAUCGCCUGUUCACCCAUCGACGGCGCGUGCGUCUGCAAGGAAGGUUGGCAGCGUGGUAACUGCUCUGUGCCCUGCACACCUGGAACCUGGGGCUUUGGUUGCAAUGCCAGCUGCCAGUGUGCCCAUGAGGCAGUCUGUAGCCCCCAAACUGGAGCCUGUACCUGUACCCCAGGGUGGCAGGGGGCCCACUGCCAGCAUCCCUGCCCGAAGGGGCAAUUUGGUGAAGGUUGUGCCAGUCGCUGUGACUGUGAGCACUCUGAUGACUGCGAUCCUGUUCAUGGACACUGCCAGUGCCAGGCUGGCUGGAUGGGUAGCCGCUGCCACCUGCCUUGCCCCGAGGGCUUUUGGGGAGCCAACUGUAGCAACACCUGUACCUGCAAGAAUGGGGGCACUUGCCUCCGUGAGAGCGGCAACUGUGUGUGCACACCUGGGUUCCGAGGCCCCUCCUGCCAGAGACCUUGUCAGCCCGGCCGCUAUGGCAAACGCUGUGUGCCCUGCAAGUGUGCCAACCACUCCACCUGCAGCCCCUCGGAUGGGACCUGCUACUGCCUGGCUGGCUGGACAGGCCCAGACUGCUCCCAACCAUGCCCCCCAGGAUUCUGGGGAGCCAGCUGUGCCCAGCCCUGCCAAUGUCACCAUGGUGGGACCUGCCACCCUCAGGAUGGGAGCUGUGUCUGCCCUCCAGGCUGGACUGGACACCACUGCUUGGAAGGCUGCCCUCUAGGGAUGUUUGGUGCCAACUGCUCCCAGCCAUGCCUAUGUGGUCCUGGAGAAAGGUGCCACCCAGAGACUGGGGCCUGUGUGUGUCCCCCAGGCCACAGUGGUGCACCUUGCAGGAUCGGAAGCCAGGAGCCCUUCACCAUGAUGCCUACCUCUCCAGUGGCCUAUAAUUCACUGGGUGCAGUGAUUGGCAUUGUGGUACUGGGGUCCCUCGUGGUGGCCCUGGUGGCACUGUUCAUUGGCUACCGCCAUUGGCAAAAAGGCAAGGAACACCACCACUUGGCAGUGGCCUACAGCAUUGGGCGGCUGGAUGGCUCUGAGUAUGUCAUGCCAGAUGUCCCUCCCAGCCACAGCCACUACUACUCCAACCCCAGCUACCACACCCUGUCACAGUGCUCCCCAAACCCUCCGCCCCCAAACAAGGUUCCAGGCAGUCAGCUCUUUGCCAGCCUUCAGGUCCCUGAGCGUCCAGGUGGAGCCCAGGGGCACGACAGCCAUGCCACACUGCCUGCUGACUGGAAGCACCGUCUGGACAGGGGUGGCAGCCGCCUAGACAGAAGCUACAGCUAUGACCACAGCAAUGGUAAUGGCCCAGGCUUGUUCUACAAUAAAGGACCUACCUCUGAAGAGGGGCUGGGGGCCAGUGUGGUGUCCUUGAGUAGUGAGAACCCUUAUGCCACCAUCCGGGACCUGCCUGGACUGCCAGGAGGGGCCCGGGAGAGCAGCUACAUGGAGAUGAAAGGCCCCCCCUCAGCUUCUCCCUGCAGGCAGCUUCCCCAGCUCCAGGACAGCCAGAGGUGGUGGCAGUCCCAGCCUCAAAGAGACAGCGGCACCUACGAGCAGCCCAGUCCCCUGGUCCAUGACAGGGACUCUGUGGGCUCCCAGCCACCACUCCCUCCAGGCCUGCCCCCUGGCCACUACGACUCACCCAAGAACAGCCACAUCCCUGGACACUAUGACUUGCCUCCAGUGCGCCACCCCCCAUCGCCUCCACUUCGACGCCAGGACCGUUGAGGGGCCAGGGUGGUAUGGCAGAGGCCAGCAUACUUGGCCCUUGCUUCCCGAUGCUUGGGACAGAGCCUGGUGUGCCCUGCCAGAGCAGGGAGUGGACUACCAGGCUGCAUACAUGAACAUGUUUAACUGAGGAGGUGUGUGGAGAGAUGGGAGCCUGGCUUCCAGGCAUCAUCACAGAAGAUGCUGGUCAGCAGGAUGCCUGCUUCCCUUCUCCUGGCUCCCUGUUCACGGCCUCCUGCUCCAGGGCCCUAUGUAUAUAACCGGUGGGUUGAAUGUUGUUGGAUGACUCUGAUCUCAGAUUGAUUUCAAAAGUUCAUAUUGAGUAUCUUUCCUGGGCCUGCCCAGGCUGGGCUAUGUGUGUGUGUGUGUGUGUGUUUGGUGU